AUGUGCAAAAUGCGUUUUAAAUGGUACCGCGGCCACUGCGGCAUCAGUGGGUGUGGACACACCGAAGCAGUGUGGAUCGAGCGCUGCCAAGAAGCGAAUGCUCGUGAGAGACGGACACCAUGUCCCAAUCCACGUCCAGUUCUCCGUAUCACCGAAGCUUUUGCGAUGGGUCUUUGUCGUCCUUGUCUUGGUUGGGCUGUGUUGAUUCCGGGAGCUCCUGACUUGGUUAACCCUGAACGGGUUGAUAAGCCUCGUCGGCGACGGCAAAUAUCGACUUAUUGA